UACAUGCUACAGCGAUGACAAAAGUGGAACCAUGUCACGUGGUACAUUUUUUACACAAGGGAAGUUGCUCAAUCUCGGGAACAAAAAAAAACAUUUUUUUAGGGUACUUCAAUGAACAAGGAAAUAGAUAUAUAUAAAAACGAUAUCUAGAUACGUUACCGAGGAUGAGCAACACAAUAACAUCGGCUACAUUUAUUCGAAACCUCAACUAUGGGGUUCGACGAAAACUGUCUGACUUAUUGGACCCUCAAGACAGCUGGAAAGACGUUAUUGUUUCAAUACAUAAACCCACAGGGGAGCCGAGGUACUCUCAGCAACAUCUAAGGCGAUUUGAAGCAGUGGUUUUACAGGGAAGAAGUCCUACCAUGGAGCUCCUGAAUGACUGGGGGACAUCUAACAGCACCGUGGGAGAGUUAGUGGACAUUCUGAUGAGCCACAGGUUAAUGGCUGCAGCCAGUAUUAUUCUACCAGAUGCAAUCAACAACCCCCGUCCAGCAGUCCCUCAGCCACCUGAUUCUCCCAGAGACAAAGAGAUGGUAGGCAACAGCGAUGCUGCAACAAGACCCCUGGGGAGGACAGAGGCACAGACAAAGGAACAGCCACCACCAGACAGCACCUCGGAGCCACAGGAGGACCCGGAACCCAAUGGCACUGCAGGUUUUCUCAGGCUUUCUUUCCACGAGCUGAAGAAGAUAACUGGUAAUUUUGACGAGAGGCCAGUGAGUGACGGUGGGAGCAGACUUGGUGAGGGCGGCUUUGGAACGGUCUACAAAGGCCUCAUCAAUGGCAAACCUGUGGCAGUGAAGAAACUACACUCAAUGGAAGACAUCUCACUUGAAGAGCUGAGCGUUCAGUUCAUUCAAGAGGUCCAAACUCUUAUGGUGUUGAAACACGAAAACCUAGUAGACAUGGUUGGCUUUUCCCGUGAUGGCCAUCACCCCUGUUUGGUGUAUGCUUACAUGUCCAAUGGUUCAUUGCUAGAUCGUCUGGCUUGCUUGGAUGGUAGCCCUCCUCUUUCCUGGCACAGGAGAUGUUUGAUCGCUGUGGGAACGGCCAGAGGCUUAGAUUAUCUGCACAGCAACCACCAUGUCCACAGAGAUGUCAAGAGUGGUAAUAUUUUGCUGGAUGAAUUACUUGUGCCGAAGAUCUCCGAUUUUGGGCUGACCCGAGCCUCAGCCACGCGAUCGUCGGCGACAGUGAUGACAGAGAGGAUUGUGGGUACAACAGCAUACAUGGCAAAUGAGGCACUCAGGGGCGAGAUCACUCCUAAAUCUGACAUCUACAGUUUUGGAGUGGUGUUGCUAGAAAUAUUGUCUGGACUCCCGCCAGUCGAUGAAAACCGUGAUCCCAAGUUCCUGAUGGAGAUGAAAGAUGAGAUUGAUGAGGAGGAGAUGGCCCUGGAGGACUUUGUGGACAAGAAGAUGACAGACUGGGACCUGCCAUUGGUGGAGAGGACCUACUUCUUAGCGAGCGACUGUCUCAGUGACAAGAAGAACAAACGGCCACUAAUGGAAGAGGUCCUGACAGAGCUUGAAGAUGUUGUCAAAAGCAUUUCACUGGAACAGCUGGGACCCCAGAGUGAAGCAUAGACAACAGGAAGAACGACUAUCCCUCACUCAUUUUCCUUAAGUUUACUUUGCUGAAGAAAAGGACCAAACAUGUUGCACCAGUCUUUUGUAUUUUUUGCCAAAAUAAUAUAUUUUCCAUCUUUGUUGAAUUGCUUGAUAUGUACUGUAAGUAUAUCAUUGGACAAGUAGAUGUAAUUUCAAAAAUAAAUAUAGGCUAUUCAGUA